CGUCCCGCGGCGGCUCCGCUGUCACAGUUCCAUACCGAGUUGGUCGUGUGGGUUUAUAUGCCCGAAAUCAAACAUCCCUCCUCCGUGACAGCAGCUGGUGUGUGUUAUUAGCUAGAAACGGUCUUUUUCUUUCACGUUUUGAGAAAUUUGUGCCAAAUAAAUCCAAUUUUAUUAGUGUAGGAAGAGUUGAUGUUUCACAGAUCGUAAUUAUACGGUUUAUGCGAGUGAUCUAUGUAAAGAAGAAACCAAUAUAUGAUCCUCUCAUUGUGUAUUAUAGGGAGACAUCAGUAUAAACGAAGACAGUCACUGUGAUUGCGGAUCUUGUUAGUCAGUUACACACUCACAAAUGGCAACCAGUGCCAAGAGGCCCUCCCUGCAGGGCCCGGUGCCCCCUCCACGCAAGAAGACAACCCCCAAGUUGGAGCUGACUGAGGAGCAGAAGCAGGAGAUCAGGGAGGCCUUUGAGCUGUUCGACACCGAUGGCUCGGGGCAAAUUGACGUCAAGGACCUGAAGGUGGCAAUGAGAGCUCUGGGGUUCGAACCAAAGAAGGAGGAGAUUAAGAAGAUGAUUGGGGAAGUUGAUAAGGACGGCACAGGAAAGAUCUCCUUCUCUGACUUCCUCACGGUCAUGACUCAAAAAAUGGCUGAGAAAGACUCCAAAGAGGAGAUCCUGAAAGCUUUCCGUCUGUUUGAUGACGACGAGACGGGCAAGAUCUCCUUCAAGAACAUUAAGAGAGUAGCCAAAGAGCUUGGGGAGAACCUGACGGACGAGGAGCUGCAGGAAAUGAUAGAUGAAGCAGACAGGGAUGGAGACGGGGAAGUGAACCAGCAGGAGUUUUUGCGCAUCAUGAAGAAAACCUGCCUGUACUGAUGGAAGCGCGGGACGUGGGGAGGAUCAGUGGUGGCUUUAUGUGGAAUGCUGCUUAUACAUUUUUGUCUAGAAAACCCUAAUUAUUAUACAGUGCCAUGCAUCUUUUAUUUAUGUGACAAUCUACUUUUAAAUCCAUCAUGAAAACACAUCUUUGGAAUGCUGCAACUUUUUAAGAACACGUGUUGCUAUUAAUUAAAAUAGAUUCUCAGUGCCUGCCACAAAACAGUGAAUACACAGUACAUGCCUGUGCUUUAUUUAAGAGACUUUCCACAGUUUGAUCCAUCCUCCCGCUGUCUGAGUCUGGUAGUGCUUUAGAUUCGUGCCGUUUUAUACGGGAAAUAUGCGAUCUGUCCUGGCAUUAAUGGGGAGUGCUGUAUCAUAUUUGUGCUGCCUGUGGAUUUCUGCCUGUGCCUCCUCAAAGUGCGGCCAUCACAAUCAGGGAAGCCGCCCCGCAGACCUCUCUGACCUGCACUCCUUCCGUAGAGGUCCCACCAUCUUUAACACAACAGAUAUCAAUGUAUUUUUCUUGAAUUUAUCCUAAAAGUAUUUAUCUUUCUGUCGUGCAUUUUCUCUUGUACGUGUCUGAAUGUUUUGUAUAUUGUGAGCUGAUGAGUAGGCGUACAGCAUAGUCCUCUUUAAGGAACGGAUUAAAUAUAUUGAAGCAGUAUGUCUUGUCUUUGUCCCUUUUUUGAACAGCUCUAUUUAUCAGUGUUUGA